AAGAGAAAAAAAAUAAACAAAGUAGCUCCAUAAGAAGGAAAAAAAAAAAACUAGUUGGAGUCGCACCGCACUCAACUGGCCGGAAAAAUUAGCCGGAGUUGCUCGUCCGCACCGUGAUUCCGAUAUUCCGCGCGGUUCUAUUGAAAACGAACGUGAAAAUUGUGGAUCAGAUAGAUUUCAAAUUGUUCGUCCAUUCCUAAAUUGAUUCAAAAGCCUUUGUUAAAACUCAUGUCGGUUCCUAAUGAGGAAAACCUGUCAUCACAAUCACAGCUUUCAUCUCACUUUUUCUUGGAUCUCCUUGAUUCCAUUAUAGUUGAUGUGGCAUCAGAGUGUCACAGAAUAGCCAAGCUGGGGCUUGAUGCUAAUUUGGAAGAAGAAGAUGAAGAAUUGAAGUUAUCAGCACAAGCCAGGGUUAGAAUGGCUGAUCCUGGUAAUAGUAAUGAAACAAAUGGCAAGUAUGUGGUUGACAUAUUUGGACAAACCCAUCCUUCAGUAGCAAAUGAAAUAUUUGAGUGCAUGAAUUGCAGUCGAUCUAUCAUGGCAGGGAAGUUUGCUCCUCAUUUGGAGAAGUGCAUGGGGAAGGGUAGGAAGGCUCGUUUGAAGGUAACAAGAAGCAGCUCAGGCGCACAGAACCGGAAUUCACGAGGCAGUUCUGUUUCUACAUAUUCAAAUCACUCUAGCAACAAUAGUAGCGUGAACCGGUUGACAAAUGGAAACCCUAGUUUUGCCGGUGAGGAGCACUCUAACGGGGCAUCUCAGCCAUGAAGUAGUGUGAUGUAAAUCAUGAAAAGCUUGUUUUAAUGGGAGAGCUCAUCAUGAUGUUUUGAAUGUAGUGUUUCUGUGUAACAUUUUGGACAUAAAAUCUACCUUUGCUUUGGUGUAUGUAUCCAUCAACUAUGUUGUCUAGCUUUGGAAUUUUACCUAAUAACAUUACCUUGUACUGAGUAAAAAAAAUCAGGUUUACAUAAA